CAACAAACAGCUAAUCAUCAAUCGAUUCCUUUCAACCGGGUUUUCAGAAUAUUUCUUAAAUAAAAAGAAACCAUUUAUCAAAAACUUAUCUAGGCAUUGGAGAGCUCUUAUAUUCUGAUGAUCCCUCCAACCCCCAACCGUCGCUCAAUCAUUUAUUGAUCUGUACAAGUUGGGUGAGGAACUCCUGAUCCUCGUCAUGGCAUCGCGAAACAACCUCAAAAUCGGGCAAUGCUAUUGCAUGUCUGGCCGCCAAAGGUAUGGUACCAAGUAUUCCGCUGCUAUACCGUGGCGAGGUGGGCCGGAGCCAUUACCGGCUCCCCCUAUGCAUUCAUCAUCUCUCGCUUCUCCUUCCAGUCUUAGUCCUGACUUGGCCAUGGAUGACGCGGGACCUUUGGAAAAUCUUCUACACGGUGAUGCACUGGAUUUUUCACAAGACGAUACCGACGUCGAGGAGGAGGACGACGACGAUAGUGACGACGUUGAUGAAGACGACGUUACAGAUGACAGCGACAGUGAAGAUGGCGUCAUCCCCCGUAUUGCCCCUUGGCGACUCAAUCUUACCGCCUUGUCUCAGCGAUACAAUAUGUAUGCCGUAGCCUACAAAAACAAAGUCCAUAUAACUCGCAUUCACAGCUGUGUCGACCAUAUUGUACAUACGCGCCCUGAUUUGGUAUUAGAACCUCCAGCAAGCCCAGAGGCCUUGAACGUAGGUGGGUACAUCAACCCACAGAUGCCUCAUCAGAUGAAUCAUUUGAUUAUGGGUGAUCUGGGUAAUGAAGAGAUUCUGCUGCUUGCCUUUGAUGAUGGCGACGUUAUUGGCUAUUACAAUUUUCAAAUCGAACAGGCUCUUCUACGUAUCGAAUCUGGUGAUGCUCUCAAAGAAUCGACAUCAAUGAAGCCAUUCUUUCAUCAGAAUACAGGGAUCUCGACCUGGGGGCUUGCAAUUCAUGCACAGUCGCGGCUGAUCGCAGCUGGUAAUAAUCGAAACGAAGUACAUCUGUUUGCUUUCGCACUCACAAAUCACGAAACGCCUAGCGAGCUCUUGACACCGGGUGAGGACAAAUUCCAUCGCAGCCUCCGUAACAAACUAGAAACUACGCCAGGCGUCUUGGAUCGGGACUUGGACGCUCAACAAAACCGAAGGGAUCUCUAUCAUCAUAUAGUCUUCGAAAUUCCAGAAGGAGAUAAUAUACCAAAUGUAGCCUUCAGUGGCGACGCUGACGGCAAUGCUGACAAGGUCCUCGCUAUCGAUAUAAGAGGUCAACUCUGGAUAUUAGAUAUCUGGUCCUCCCGUUGCGAGUGCAUCAAAGGAUUGUACGAGACGUACGCGUUGUCAGAUCAGAUUCGAAACCCUGCUGCGUUUACCUGGGCACAACUGACCAUACCUAGAGGGUGGGGUGUCCUCGUGCUCCCUCAAAGUAGCUUCCUACCGACAAACGGUUUCCGGGAUUCUCUCGGCUUGGAUCCAAAAGAAGCUAACUACGUGUAUCACGAAGAGUAUGGCCGUUAUAUUGGGAUCGAAAACGCUGCCACACACAUCAAGAAUAAUUCUAGUAUCCACCCAUGGGUCAAAAACGGACUUCAAGCAGAACACUUGCCUCAUAUAUGGCCGCACAUGCCUAGUUCACGGGACAAAUGGUACGACGCAGUUAAAGAUAGACGGCAAGGUUGGAAUGCCACCUAUGAUAGCGUGGCUGACAGUAGUUUGGAACCCGCUUUUCUCUAUCAACACGAUACUGAUGAUAUAACAUCGAAGUUCCAAAAAGCCAGCCUAAGUGAUGGCAGUACCGUCAUGAGGACUUAUGAAACCUCCAUUGAAUUUGUAGGCACCGACCGUGAUGUUGGCAUCAUGUUCGCCAACGCCAUCGACCAAAUCAAGCCGCGGGAGGGCUCAGUUCAAGGCCUUCACUUUCCAAGCGCUAGGCUCGCUCAUACUAUACACGUACCCGAACUCUCUCUCGUAGUCGCGGGCUCGAUGUGUGGUAGGGUGGCGUUGAUAACGCUGACAAGACCACUUGAUUCGAAUUACUCCUUUAAACGAGGCUUCAAAGUCGAGGCCAUCCUGCCGUUGAAGACAGACGAGGAACGAUGGCUGCGGCCUAUCUCUCCUUUACUCGGCAUUGCCGUCGGACCCAUACCUGGACUGACUCUCGGUGCCCGUCGUUACCGUAUUAUCAUACAAUAUUACGAUCACAGGAUACUGGCAUACGAGGUGGGCCGCAACAAUAGUACUGAUGAGCUCUCUGUUAUCUAAUCCUAUUUUUCCUCCCGGGAAAGAAUCCUCCAUGCUAAAAAAUCAGUACUGUAAUGACUCAACGAGGGUAAGAAACACGGGUAGGGGUUUAGCUGCCCGAGGCUCCUACUCUUGCGUCUACAGUUACUUUCACAGCUCACAUUUUACACCGAGAU